AUGCCGUUCUACGAAGUCCGCCACGUCACUCCACUCUCUCAAGCCCAACAGGACUCACUGGCAGAGGCUCUGACUACGAUUCACUCAACAAAAUUCACCACGCCACGCCUGUUCGUGAAUGUGGGAUUUGUAGACCAGAGUAAGAUCAAUACAUACGUAGCCGGAAAGCCAAGAAAGGGAAACUCCAUCUCGGCAAACGUGCGUGUAGGACCAAGCAGGACUCAGAAAGACUGGGACCAACUAUGUGAGGAGGUCGUGGCCGCUUGGGAGAAGAUUGUACCAGAGGCAGAGUUGAGAGGAGUCUUCAUCCUUGGUUCAUUGACUGCGGGCUGGGAAGCUGGCUUCACACUGCCACCUGCAGGACAAGAUGUGCAGUGGUUGAAAGACAACUGGCAAGCAUUCGAAGAGAAGGCAAAGGCAGGUGACGAGGAUUUUGCCGAUAUGUUGGUCGAGAUCAAGCAGAGAGGGGUGCUGGAGCAGACGAAUGGUAAAUGA